UCGCGCAUGCGCACUGGAUCGACCCAAACGAGCACGGCAGAAGCAGAAGGCAGAAGGGAACGGAACUAGAAGGGAGUAGAAAGCUAAGAAAGAAAAGGACUGAAAAGGAAAGAAGGCAAAAGAAGGAGAAAAACAAGGAGGACGUGUGUUCCUUGUCUAUCUUAACACACUUCUUGUCUUCAGUGCUGCAAAAGAACGCGAGAAAACGUGCACGCGCGCAGAAGCACCACACCACUCCCAAAAGAUCCAGACAGGUGGGUUCUGACCCGUUCAUGAGCUACAUUGACACACUUCACAACACACCCACACGCCCCCAACAUGGUGGAGCCCAUAUGUGCCACGGGUGCGGCGGCGCAAUUGCGAAAUCUGAGGGACCGAGAAGAAGGUCUGGGCCAAAACGACAACGCCGUCAAGUUCCUGGGUCAAGACUAUGAAAGUUUGCGAGCGGAAUGUAUCCGGAGCAGGAGACUGUUUGAGGACAGCCUGUUCCCCUGCGCAUCCUCCUCUCUGGGCUUCAACGAGCUGGGACCGAGGUCGUCCAAGACCUCCGGCGUACGCUGGAUGAGGCCCCCGGAGUUGUGCAAGCGUCCCGCUUUCAUUGUGGACGGAGCGACCCGAACUGACAUCUGCCAGGGAGCUCUGGGGGAUUGCUGGCUGCUGGCCGCCAUCGCCUCGCUGACCUUAAAUGACACCCUACUCCAUCGAGUGGUCCCGCACGGACAGAGUUUUGAGCAGGGAUAUGCCGGAAUUUUCCACUUCCAGUUCUGGCAGUUUGGCGAGUGGGUGGAGGUAGUGAUCGACGACCGUCUGCCUGUCAAAGAUGGCAAACUGCUCUUCGUCCACUCCGCGGAGGGCGGCGAGUUCUGGAGUGCUCUGAUCGAGAAGGCCUACGCCAAAUUGAACGGCUGCUACGAGGCGCUGUCCGGCGGCAGCACAUCCGAAGGCUUCGAGGACUUCACGGGUGGCGUGACGGAAAUGUUCGAGCUGAAUAAGGCGCCCUCCGACCUCUUCAGCAUCAUGGGCCGCGCCAUCGAGAGGGGCUCGCUGCUCGGCUGCUCCAUUGACAUCACCAGUACCAGAGACAUGGAGGCAGUCACCUUCAAGAAGCUGGUCAAGGGGCAUGCCUACUCCGUCACGGGCCUGGACGAGGUGGUCUAUCGUGGAAACAUGACCAAGUUGGUCCGCAUCAGAAACCCGUGGGGGGAAGUGGAGUGGACCGGCGCUUGGAGCGACAAUUCUCGAGAAUGGGACAGUAUUGACCGCGGAGUCCGUUCUCGGCUUCAAAACCGCAGCGAGGAUGGCGAGUUCUGGAUGUCCUUCAGCGACUUCCUGCGCGAGUUCACCCGUUUGGAAAUCUGCAACCUGACAGCUGACGCCCUCCAGAACAGCCUGAUGAAAACCUGGAGCACAUCGCUGUACCCGGGAGAGUGGAGACGGGGCAGCACGGCCGGAGGCUGCCGGAACUACCCAGCGACCUUUUGGCUGAACCCGCAGUUCAAGUUGCUGCUGCAGAAUCCCGACGCGCCCGGCAUGUCGGACUGCAGCUUCCUGGUGGCGCUCAUGCAGAAGGACCGCAGGAAGAAACGACGGGAGGGCAAAGACAUGGAGACCAUCGGCUUCGCCGUCUACGAGGUUCCCAGCGAGGCCAAAGGGCAGACGCGGGUCCACUUGAAGCAGAACUUCUUCCUGACGCACGCCUCCAGCGCCCGCUCCGAACUCUUCAUCAACCUGAGGGAAGUCAGCUCGCGUCUCCGUCUCCCGGCCGGCGAAUACGUCAUCGUGCCGUCCACCUUCGAGCCCCACAAGGAGGCCGACUUCGUCCUGCGGGUUUUCUCCGAGAGACCUGCCGAUUCAGAGGAGCUGGACGACGACGUGGUGGCAGACCUUCCGACCGAGAACUAUUUGGACGAGAGUCAAAUUGAGGCCGGCUUCAAGAGUCUCUUCCGACAGUUGGCCGGCCCGGACAUGGAGAUCAGCAUCAACGAGCUACAAACCAUCUUAAACCGCAUCAUCAGCAAGCACAAAGACCUGAAGACGGACGGAUUCACCAAGGAGGCGUGUCGCAGCAUGAUCAACCUCAUGGAUACGGACGGCAGUGGGAAGCUGGGCCUGGUUGAGUUCCAUGUACUUUGGGAGAAGAUUAAACGCUACCUGACCAUAUUCCGGAACUAUGACCUGGACAAGUCGGGAACCAUGAGCUCCUACGAGAUGAGGAUGGCGCUGGAGUCCGCAGGCUUCAAGCUGACCAAUCACCUGUUCCAGCUCAUCAUCCUGCGAUACACGGAGGAAGACAUGGCCGUGGACUUUGACAAUUUCGUCACAUGUCUGGUCCGCCUGGAGUCCAUGUUUAAAACCUUUAAGGUCAUGGACACGGACGCAGAUGGCUUCAUCUCGCUCAACUUCUCCCAGUGGCUCUCCCUCACCAUGUUCGCCUAGAUGUCAGCAGACGGCGUAUCCGGUGCCUUCGAACGCCGUGACAUCAUCACCGACGGUGCGUCACACAGGCGUGUUGCGACAACGUAGGGGUGCCCGACGCCUUUUUGUCACGGGGCUUUUUUGGGCUGUUGCGACUGUGAAAACCAUUUCAAUGUAUAAUCACCUCAUCACAUUGCUGCAUUGAAACACAAUCGCCCGGGAAAUUGUUAGAAAAAUUCACUUCUCACUCAAAGUUAGAUAAAGACGGCAAAAUACAGAUUGAAC